UUGGCGAGGCUGGAGUGUCUUAUUAUCCAUACGAAGGAGCAUAAAUGGAAGGGCUUUGGCGCAGAUGCCUUCCUGCGGAUGAUGGCAUUGCCGUCACUGCGUGAGGUGCGUAUCAAAUGCCAUCAGACGAGCUACGACGAAGUGCCGCUUCGAAAGGGCUGGCGCGAGAGGGACUCCAACGUCGAGAUUCUGGCGUUCGAAGAAUCAGGUCUUGUUCCUCAGUUUGUUGGAAGAGCUGUGCGAGAGUGCAAGGCACUAAAGUCGUUUGCUUACAAGUGGGGUUGGGUUGCUGAGCAAAGGAGCUGGGCCAAGAUCAAUCUCAUUAAAGUAAACAC